AGUACCAUUAAAGUUUAUGGUGAAGAAGGCCAAACACGAACUAUUUCACUAAAUAAUAUCGUUGACGCAGAGUCGAUUUUAAAACGUAUUUUACAAAAAUUUAAUAUUAAUGAAGACGUUGAAAAUUAUUCAUUAUUUGCCACUCUGAGUGAUACUGGUGAAACACGAAGUUUAAAUGAAGAAGAAAUAAUUGAAAUAUGUAAAAGUUCCGAUAGACCAGAACGUGAAAGGCUCACUUUACGAAAGAAACAUCUUCCAAAAAUGAGUUAUGAGAAUUCAAAGAAACAAAAAAAAAAUUUAGAAAAAUUUUUUGGUGAAAAACCACCAAAUAGUCCACAAGUUGGAGUCUCUAAAAAAAAAUUGAGAGAUUUCUUUGGUCAACGCCCUCCUUCUGAAUUAAUUCAAUUAAAUUUGACAGAAUACUUUCCUGGCCAUAAUAGCGAAGAACUUGAACGUAGUGUUGCUAGAAGUUCCAUUUAUAGAAACUCCAUUUAUAGAAACACCAUUUAUAGAAGAGCAUCAAGAGUUUCUUCAGCCUCUAAACUUUCAAUACAAAAAUCAAAGCGUACAUCUAAAUUAGACGAUGAUAAUAAUAGUAUUAGAUCAAAGCGUACAUCUAAAUUAGACGAUGAUUAUAAUAGUAUUAUAUCAAAACGUACAUCUAGAUUAGACGAUGAUUAUAAUAGUAUUAUAUCAAAACGUACAUCUAGAUUAGACGAUGAUUAUAAUAGUAUUUUAUCAAAACGUACAUCUAAAUUAGACGAUGAUUAUAAUAGUAUUAUAUCAAAACGUACAUCUAGUUUAGACGAUGAUUAUAACAGUGAUAGAUCAAAACGCACAUUUGAAUUAGACGAUGAUUAUAAUAGUGAUAGAUUAAAUACUGUUACUGUUUCUAAUUAUAAUGAUGAUAGGUUAAGUAUAUUAAUGGAACCUUCAAUAAGUUCCGAUACAACCAUUCAAGAGCAACAGGAGGAAAGUUCCGAUACAACCAUUCAAGAACAACAAGAGGAAGAUGGUGAUUACUUUCAAGAUUUUGAUUAUGAGGACGAAGAAGAUUUGGUAUCUGAUUCAGAAAUAGUAGAUGUCGAAAAUUGUUCAAAGAUUAAGUGGAUAAAAGGCAAUUUUAUAGGCAUGGGUUCUUUUGGUAGCGUAUAUCUUGGACUUAAUGCUUUUACUGGAGAAUUAAUGGCUGUUAAGCAAGUGGAAUUACCUACGGAAAAUUCCUCAAAUAAUGAACGUAAAAAAACAAUGUUGGAUGCUCUGCAAAGAGAAAUUACGCUCUUAGAAGAGUUGCAGCAUGAAAAUAUUGUGCAAUAUCUCGGUUCACAGUAUGAAGAAGGAACAUUUAACAUUUUCUUGGAAUAUGUACCUGGCGGAUCAGUAGCCACAAUGCUUAAUAAUUAUGGUCCAUUAGAAGAGCCAUUAAUUCGAUCAUUUGUUAGGCAAAUUUUACAAGGACUGAAUUACUUGCACGAAAAAGACAUUAUACAUAGAGAUAUUAAAGGCGCUAAUGUUUUGGAAUUUAUGGCAGCAACUUCAGCACAACGGCCAUCAUUACAGGGUUCUGUGUUUUGGAUGGCACCAGAAGUUAUACAACAAACACCUUAUACAAGUAAAGCUGAUAUAUGGAGUUUAGGAUGUUUGAUUGUUGAAAUGUUUACUGGGGAUCAUCCUUUUCCAGAAUUCAACCAAACGCAAGCAAUGUUUAAGAUUGGAUUACAAGCUUGUGCGCCUAAAAUUCCAGAUGAAAUUUCCGAAGAGGCACAAGAUUUCUUGAGCAAAACAUUUGAGUCAAAUCAAGAUGAUCGACCGACUGCUCAAGUACUUUUAACACAUCCAUUUGCAGUUAAUAACAAUAACAAUAAUUUAUAG